GUAGCCACCACAAGAGUUACGUCACUGGGUGUUGUUGACAAACCUGUUUGUACACUUCCGGGAAAGGAAGUGCUAGCCGUUUUUAGCUAUCCUCUCCGUGGUUUAGAGAUGAACUAACAAAACUUUGAUGAGCAUAAUUAACACUCAAAUUAGCAACAAGCUAAUGACGACGCCGUUUAAGACCAGCGCCUUUUAAAAACAACUGUCGUUGAGAAGCUAGCUGGUUAGCCUGCUAACGUUAGCUGGAUAAAUCACAGAUCCGAAGUCAUGAUGGCGUCCAGUUACAGCGCCAAAGACGAGGAUGGUCACAUCACCGUGUCUGGACCCGGUGGUGGGACUCUGCGGAACAAGAAGCCCGAAAACACCGCCUUUAAGCAGCAGAGGCUCCCCGCGUGGCAGCCCAUCCUCACCGCGGGCACCGUCCUCCCGGCCUUCUUCAUCAUCGGGCUCAUCUUCAUCCCCAUCGGCAUCGGCCUGUACGUGACGUCCAACAACAUCAAGGAGUUUGAGAUCGAUUACACCGGAGAUGACACGUCCAGUCCCUGCUACAACUGUGCACAGAACUUCAGCUGGAACAACACGAAGUCUUGCACCUGCAUAAUCCCCUUCCAACUGGAUCAGCCUUAUGAGAGCAACGUCUUCAUGUAUUACGGCCUCUCCAACUUUUACCAAAAUCACAGACGUUAUGUGAAGUCAAGAGAUGACAGCCAGCUGAACGGAAACAUUGAUUCCCUCAAGAAGCCCAGCAAGGAGUGUGAACCAUAUGCUUCCGUUGAUAAUAAGCCAAUUGCUCCGUGCGGGGCCAUCGCCAACAGCAUGUUUAAUGACACUCUGAAGCUGUUUUACAAUGACCCCAACGGCACAAGUGUCCCGAUCCUGCUGACGUCCACAGGAAUUGCCUGGUGGACGGACAAACAUGUGAAGUUCAGGAACCCUGGAGGCAACAACGCAAACCUCACGGCUGUUUUUCAAGGAACAGUGAAGCCGGUGAACUGGCACCGGCCCGUUUACGAGCUGGACACUGAUCCGGAGAACAACGGCUUCAUCAAUGAGGACUUCAUCGUGUGGAUGAGAACUGCCGCCCUGCCCACCUUCCGCAAACUCUACCGCAUCAUCCAAAAGAACAACAAUAUGGCCCCCACGCUGCCCCGAGGAAACUACACCUUAGUGGUGGACUACAAUUACCCUGUUCGCAGCUUUGAGGGCAGGAAGCGGAUGAUCCUGAGCACCAUCUCCUGGAUGGGAGGCAAGAACCCAUUCCUGGGCAUCGCCUACAUCACUGUGGGCUCCGUCUGCUUCUUCUUGGGCGUCGUGCUGCUGGUCAUCCACCACAAAUACGGCAACCGCAACAACAGCGCUAACAUCUCAAACUGAGGUGCCAGCUGCGCUCCAGCUCGCCUCCACCGCCAUAAAUGUGAUGUGAUGGUUAAUCCGAGGAAACGGGUGACGAUGGUAGAUUGAUCUUCAGCUGUAGUGCAGAGUUCAUGUUUUAAAGUCACUAAAAUGCUAAUCUUAAAGAAAUCAGCUGGAAAUUUGCUCAUUCCUCUUCUAACUAUACAAGUCUAACAAAAACGAUUGAUUCAGAGAUUCAAGUCAGCACGCAGAACGACCUGAAGCCCAGCCAGGCUCUUCAAAUAUUAAAAAAAAAAAAUCUGCACAGGGAUGAGUCUGGAUAGUUCUUUACGUCACUUUAGGAUCUCUGAUGGUGAAGUGGAAGUGAGCAGGAGUGUAAGUGUGUGAGCUGCAUGCUGCUGAGAUGUUGUUAUCACCAAGCUGCUCGGGUGUAUGAUGGUGUGUUAGGCCCACUGAAGGCAGAAAAUGUGGCUAAAGUUGUAAAUUUACCAGAAAAAGUGGCAAAAUUAAUAGUAAAAACGUAUGAGAAAACUGUCAAAAUGUGAAAAUGUAAAAAAGAAAUUUGGCAAGUUCAUGGGAAACAAAAUGUGCAAAUAUGACAAAAAUAAUUAAAGGAAAAAACUAAAAAACUUAAUGGGCAAAUUUGAAAAAGAAUAUCAAAUUAACAUGAAAAAAACUUGUGUUUACAAGAAAAAAUGUAAGAAUUGGAUAGUUUGAGAAAAUAACAUCAGAUUUAUGAGGGAAAAAAAGUUCAAAUGUGAGAAAAGUAAAUGGCCAAAUUUAUGAGAGAAAACAUGGUAAAUGAACAUAGACAUUUACAGGGAGAAAAAAACAGCAAAUGUGAGGGGACAAAAUUAUGAUUUUACGUGACAAACUCGUAAAUUAAUGGGGACAAAAGCCCUCGUAUUAAACCGUAUUAAAGUUAUUACUAAAUCUUUAUUAAAGUUAUUACUGAAUCUGUAUUCUGGUUUAGUGAUUAUUAUUUUUUCUGCUAAUUUUUAAACUUUAGUCCAACUUGACUCCCUCUCGCGGUCUCUUUCUGCCCCUCAUUGGUUCUGGUACGGCGUUGAAUGGGUGGCUUGUCUUUGUGCCUCCUUUUUGUCGUUGUCCUAAAUCUUUAACUGUGCUUUAACUGUGUUGUAGCAAUUUCAAGGGAACACACAGAGUACUGCAGCUAAAAAAAAAAAGUGUUUAUUUUUUGUAUUUACAUGAACAGUUUUAUGAGAUGUUUGCUUGCUACAGUAAAGCCAGUAUUUGCACGUGUGACCUCAGGGCUGCAGAGUCUGAAACAGGUUUAAAUUUGAGUGAGUAUCCAGAGAAAUUUGCACUGAUGCGUUGUUUCAUCCACUGUCGUUUACAUGCAGUAACAA